AUGGCCCCUAGUCCGUCUUCACCUGCUGCUCGUAUUGGACUCAUUGCUUUCACUGCCCUUGUAACCUCUUCCUGUUUGAAAGUCCAUACCACUAACACUGUUAAAAAUGGUCAUAAGGUGUCACCAAUAUUAGGCCUCCUCGCUUAUAAUGCCGACAGUGAUAUGAGUUUUGGUAGUCCUUUCGAGCUUGGGAUUCUUGCCAUUGACAAACCUAUUAAAAUCGAUUUCAGCAACGUUACAAAGGCAUCCAACAUCACAGGAUUCUUGCCAUUGUGUGCUGCUUUUGAAGGAAAUGGAAAAGUAACAUUGAAGAACCAAGUAUCACCCAACGAUUGUGUGGCAAGCAGGCAUGGCCAGUUUGGUGGUGAAGUCGCCGUAGUCGUUGGCUGUGAGGAAGAAGAUGCAAUGGAAACUGGUGGUGGGAUGCUCGGUGGGAGCUGCUUUGGGGGCUUUUCUUUUGGGGUUGCUUUUAGUGGCGAUGUUUGUUAA